UUUUGUGACUGUAGUGGAAAAGAAGACCGAUAGUUUUUUUAUAGCCUUGUUUGAGUUUCUGUGGGGGAAAGACAUGUUUUGCGGAGGAAAAGUAAAGUGUGAGUCCGGACCGCGCAGUCGUCAAAGCCGACAGCCAAGGGAUGUUACCGAGAGUUGUGCCAGCCUCCUCAUCAGCAAAAUAGGACCAUAAAUCUUCCUGUGGCGAAGGGGGAAAGCUCUGUUUGGCCUGCAAUACAGAGGACAGGAGAACAGGGGACAAGGAAAAGAAGAGGGAGACAGCAAAAGGAGUGCCUUAGGAGUGAAAGAGAGGAGCGCAACAACAUCUGCACUUUGUGAACAGCGAAGAAGAGAUGAGACCACUAAAGAAGCACAGAGGGCGUUCACCCCCGUUAACGAGAGGCAGAGGGGGGAAAAGGAGAGGAGGCUCGCAGCCCCUCCAAGAGAAAGACCCCAAAAGAGUCAAGAGGGAGACGCUCGUCAAAACCACACAGCAUACACCCAACAUCCCCGCACGCAAACAGACCCCGCCAACAGCCCUGAACACUAACGAAGAACCAAUCACAAAUAGCAAUACCCCCAGGGGGGAGGAGGCGACUGAGCUGAGGAAACCUGUGGAGUCAGGAGAGAAAAUAGCACAGAAGGCAGACGAAAAGACAGAAAAGGAGAAGAUAGUUGGCACGAAUGGAAAUAAUCUUUUGGCCAUUAAUACUGUAGCAUUUCCUCCCUCUGCCCCGACGCCACUCUCCACAGCCACGCCCCCUCCGGCCACCAAUCACAUCCCCAGUGUAGGCUCAGUCUCUAGUAGGAAAACAGCCACAUUCAAGGCUCGUAUACCCAAGAAAAAAUACACAUAUGAGCACUUUGCUAACAAUGCCCUGACCACCAUUACUACCUCCAACCCUGCACUCAUACACAACAGUUACUGCACUAUUAAUAACAGAAUCAGUGGUAUUAUUAAUGCGCCCAAUAAUAAUUCCAAAAACAUUAUAACAAAUUAUAAAAGCAUCAAUAGUACUACGAGUAACACUACAAGUGGCAUUAACAACAUGACUAACAGUAGUGCUGGGAGCCAUACUUUUAUCAAUAGCAGUAAUAGUAGAAGUAAUACUUGCUCAGGUAAUCAGCCAUCAGUGCUAACUGUGGAUAGUAAAGCUACAGAAGCAAACCAUUUUGUUUCCACGGAGGACAAAGCCCUCAGGACAGCAGAUUCCCAGGAAAAAGAUUCCCAAGCUAGGGAAAAUGAGUCAGAGGGGGCCCCUCACUCAGCACGCUCCUCAUCCACCGACACAGCCAGCGAGCACUCGGCUGACCUGGACGCGAUGGAAGCAACAGGACCAAACCUUCAUCAAAAGAACUCCCACUACCCAGCUCCUCUCCAUAAGUCGCACCAUAAGUCGCCCAGUCUGUCAGAGGGACUCGCUGAAGCUCUGGCCAAAGGCAUGAAGAACCAGAGAGUUCUUGCUCGCCGGCCAAAGAGGAGAAUGAACAAUGGGGGUGACUCUUUGACUUUAUCACCUGCGUUCAGACCAGGGGUGGUGCGUGGUGUGAGUGGAGAAACAGUUGAAGUGCAGCUCCAAGGAGAGGAGACCCUUGUUAAAUACCCUUUCCAUGGUGGGACUGUAAUGGCAUCACCUUCAGGGGCUGAGAGCACUGUGGAGUUCAUUUUGGACGCCCCCCCGCCCGGCCUGGCACCUGUGGCUGUCAGGACCCAAGUAUGCGUGCCCUUUGGGGGAGAUGAGGGGGGUCCUCUGCUGUACAGAGAGGGGGUUGUCAUUCAGGUGGACCCCCACCCCGGUGUGUCAUUUCCUUACCAGGUGCUCCUGAGUGAAGACGCAGAGACUCUCGGGGAAGAGAAAGAGGGGAGGAAAGCUCUGGCUGUGUGGGUGUCCCGACAAAGUCUUAGGCUCCUCACCCCUCCCUGGGAGGUCCAACAGUUGGACGGAGGGAGGGCCAAAGAGAGAGAGCGGGAGAGGGAAAGGGAGGAGAGGGAGCGGAGGGAGGAGAUGGAGGUCGAAAGGGAAGUGUGCCAGUUGAGUAUUGGGAUGGGGGUGCUGGGAGGGGGAGCAAGGUUGGGCCAUGGUUUCUCACAUGAAGGGGUUGCAGGAGGGCAUCCCUAUGGUAACGCACUCCCGACCCCCCACUCCUCCACUGCGUCAUCUAGCGUCGCCGGCAGCACAGUUCAUGGAGAAAACUCCGCCAACAGAGAGAGAGAGAAGCAGCCCGACACUCCGGAAGAGGACGUCGAGGUGUCCCGUUUUAGCACUGCUGGUCCCAAGACAAACGACGACACCUCUGAGCACCGACACAUCAUCUCCAAGUCCAGUCGCUACCCCCCCUCCUCCCCCCACCUCUCUGUGGUGCGAGGCCUGGGACCCCCUCACCCCUCCACCCUCGCCAGCCCACAGCCACCCCAUUCCCCGGCCUUAUUGGUCUCUGAAAUGAGCCCGACCACACCUAACCUACCUCCAUCAAAGACCACUCCCACUCAGACCCCUACUCCCACUUCUGGUGUGGGGUCCUCCUCUACCUCCUCUCGCUCCAGGACCCCCCUCUCAUUGGCUCAGCAGAAAUACAAGAAGGGCGACGUGGUGUGCACCCCCAACGGGAUCCGUAAGAAGUUCAACGGGAAGCAGUGGAGGAGGCUGUGCUCCAGGGAGGGAUGCAUGAAGGAGUCCCAGCGCCGGGGCUACUGCUCCAGACACCUGUCCAUGAGGACCAAAGAGAUGGAGGGAGGAGGGGGGGGAGGCAGCAGCUCAGGGACAGUCACCCCUGACCUGCGGGGGAGAGCCAGCAGUGAGUUUGAGUGGGAUGACACCUCAAGAGAGAGCAGCGAGGCAGGUAGCAGGGGAGACUCCAGACCCCACUUAGUUCUCCCGUCCAUCCUCCCCCAUGACCUCUCGUCCCGCUUUGACUUCGAUGAGUGUGAGGCCGCCACCAUGUUAGUGUCUUUAGGGAGCUCUCGAUCUGGCACCCCCUCUUUUUCUCCCAUCUCCAACCAGUCGCCCUUCUCACCCGCACCUUCUCCCUCUCCCUCCCCACUGUUUGGCUUCAGGCCGGCCAACUUCUCCCCGAUUACCGCCUCCCCCAUCCUGCAGCACCGGAGGCACAGGCAGCCCAGCGGGACAGGGGGGGGAGGAGCAGGGGGGAGUAAGGUAUCAGCUGGAGGAGGAGAAAGGGAGAGACACACUUCAGGUAUCCAGCCCUCCUUCCACAGCAACCUGAUGUUUACGGUCCCCAUGAGCCCCAGCAAACGAAAGCCCGACGCGCCUCUUCCUCCUCCCCUCCCCUCACACCACCAUGAUUACACACCCAAGACGGAGCAGGAGUCGGGGGACCUCAACAGCUCCUUCAGGGUGCUGUCGCCUCACACACAGGCUUCCCGCACACACACACCCACCUUCUCCCGACCCAGAGGAGUGACAACCCCCUCCAGCAGGCCACCGUCCUCUACUAAUGUCUCCCCUCCUCCUCUGCUGGUGUCCCCGACCCCUCCUUCUCCCCUCACUCCAGACGGAGGGCCCCGUCGUGUGGUCCCUGUAUCCCAACAGGCCUUGCGUGACUCCCCUGUCAUUGUGAGAAAUCCCGAAGUCCCACUGGCCAAAUUUACAGAGUGUGGAAACGAGGGAGGGGGAGAUAAAAGUUCAUCUAAAGACCUCACACCCCUCACCCCUCAGUCAAUUCAGGGCCUCCAGGUUCCCGUCCCCAUUAACGCUGCUGCAGCCACAGUACCUAAUGGCACAAUUCUGCUGCGGAGCCCGUCCCAAACUCUGGUGCUCGCGUCCCCGACCCCCUCUUCCCUGCCCACCGCUGACCCCCCCGCCACCCCCCUGCAGGCCCUGUCAGUUACCGUUAGCACAACAGUCACAGCUCCCGCUCCCAGCAGCACGGACACCUCUGUGGACGAGAACAGGGGGACCGGGUUUGGGGGUGAGGUCCAACAGCCGGUCCCCUGUCACCCCUCUCCCACCGCUCUGCUGCCCCUGAUCCUUCCUGCCGAAAACCUUCACCCCGCCCCACGGAAGGACAUCAUCAUGGGACGUCCCGGCACAGUGUGGACCAACGUAGAGCCCCGUUCAGUUCCAGUCUUCCCCUGGCAUUCAUUGGUCCCCUUCCUGGCACCCACCCAAUCAGAUGCUUCUUCUCUGCCAGGAGAGGGCCAGCACCCUGUCAACCACCCCCAAGCUGCCAGUAUGAAGACAGACUGUCAGGGGGUGGCAGCACAGUCACAAGAGCCUGCAGAGGCACCUCCCAUGGUAGAGAGAGGUCCUCCAUCCCGGCCUACCCCCUCUUCUGAUGAGCCGCCUCCAGAGAAGGAGAAAGGCGAUGCGGAGAGGGAGAGGCCAGACAGCGAAACAGAGAGUGACGUGGAUGACCCCUUUCUCCCAGGCGUGGUACCAGAGCCUCCCCUCGCUAUAUCACCCGUGAAGAGACGCACUCAGUCCCUCAGUGCGCUGCCCAAAGAUGGAGAUAAGAGCAGCCCUGGAAAGAGGGAGAAGGACCACAUCCGGCGACCAAUGAAUGCAUUUAUGAUUUUCAGUAAGCGCCAUCGAGCAUUGGUGCACCAGCGGCACCCGAACCAGGACAACAGGACAGUCAGCAAGAUCCUUGGGGAGUGGUGGUAUGCCCUGGGACCCAAAGAGAAACAAAAGUAUCAUGAUUUAGCUUUCCAGGUGAAAGAGGCCCACUUUAAGGCCCACCCGGACUGGAAGUGGUGCAACAAAGACAGGAAGAAGUCCAGCUCUGAUGGCCGUGGGGUCCCGGGGGGGAAAGACAUCCGAGAGAGGAGCAUGUCUGAGUCUACAGAGCCCCAUUCUGUGGAGAUGAAGGGGGUUGGGCCUGGUCUGGUGGGAGUGUGUGAAAGAAGCGCAGCAGAAGGUCAUGUGGGUCAGCUCACCCGACCCCGGGCCUUCUCUCAAAGCGCCGUGCACAGCCUGGAGCGCAGUGACAGGGGGAACACACAGGCUCUGGCAGAACUGGCACAGAUGUGUGGGGAUGGUGGCAGUCAGUAUCCGAGUCAUGCCCCGCCCCUGUCUCGGUCCCAGCGGGGGGUCAGCGAGGAUAUGACCAGUGAUGAGGAGCGCAUGGUAAUCUGUGAGGAAGAGGGAGAUGACGAUGUCAUUGAGGACCCUUAUCCUAGCAGCUCCAUAGACCUCAAGUGUAAGGAGCGGGUGACUGACAGCGAUAGUGAGAAUGGUUCUGGAGAUGAAAGUGAUCGCAAGAGGGUUUUCGCUCCAGUCAUUUGCUCCUCGUCUUCCUCACAUCAUGCCCCGCAUGGCAGGAGUGUCUCACUGUCCUCUUACCCCAGCAGCAAGCGUUAUGAGGAGGGGCGAUCAGGAGGGGGAGGGUUUUCAGAUCACAGGAGGAAGGACAGAGGAGGAGGAGGAGGAGGAGGAGGAGGAGAGGUUAAGGACACAUUUGGGGGAGAAGGUGGAGGAGGAGGAGUGCAAGCCACAUCUCUCUCCCUCACUUCUGGCCAAUCAGUCAUCACCACUUCUUCAGCUGGAGGGCAUCACCCCUCCAUGGUAGGAUCACUGGGCGGGACCUUUCUCCCGGGCAUGGGUGCUGUGAGGGUGGCGUCCACGGUGGUGACCAAUGUGAUGCGUCCUGUCAUCAGCACACCGCUGCCCAUCGCCAGCAAAUCCAGAGACGGAGGCACAUCGUCCAGCCCUCAUCCGCCAGAGAGGAAGUCCCUGACUCCCCAACAGCAGCCGCACUUUCUGAUUGGAUCAGGAGGCGGUUUGCCAGCCACAGGGGGUGGGUACUACUCUUCAUCAUCACCUCAUCCUUUAGGUGCAGGCCAUGGUGGUGUCGUGACCAAUUUGGUGUUAGGAGGGGCUCUGUCUGCUCAGCCUGCUGUACAGCUCCUCACCCCCUCCCACCACCAGCAGCAAGCCUUCCCCUCCUCCGCUGUGUCUCAUAGCCAAACCAACGGGCCCCUGCCUCUCUCCCUGCUUCAUCCCCAGUUCCUUCCCGCCUCUUCCCUAGCCUCACACGGGGGUAAGGCCAUCACACAAGUCCAGUACAUCCUGCCCACCCUACCUGCCAACACCCACCCCAAGAGUCCUCCUCAGCAUCUCAGCCAGCCAACCAGUAACUUCAACCUGCCCCCAGCUCCACCCACACACAUGUCUCUGGCCAAUGGGAAGCAGCAGGGGUCCGGAUACACGUCCAGCUCUGCAGUGGGAGUGGUCAGCCCGGGGUCUAGAGUGCAAACACAAUCUCCAGUGCUCCAGGGCAAAAUGUUUGUUCCCAUGGCAACAGUACGGACAGCGCCAGCUCCACCCCUUCCUGUCCAGAACGGCGCUCAGACGGGAAGCAAGAUCAUCCAGAUAGCUCCCAUGCCUGUGGUCCAGUCCCAGCUGCCUCAGGGCGGAGCGGUCCAUCCUGCCAGCCCCUUCCCUAUCUCAGUGGGCACGGCUGCUCCAGGAUCAGCCCCCUCCCAGACUUUACUCCUGCCACCAGCUCCUACCAGGAUCACCUAUGUCCAGUCCACUCCAGGGGUCUCAUCCACUCUGGUCUCCACGACAACAGGCUCCUCCGUCACCCAUCAAGCGCUGCCGGUGUCUGGAUCUGCCUAUGUGCCAUCGCCCCUGGCAACACUGGGGUUCACCGCCAUCGCACCUCCUGGACAGACCCUGGUGCAGCCGCUGAUCUCAGGUCAGCCUCCGCUCCUGGCCCCCUCUCAGUCUCCUCAGCCCUGCACCUCGGCUCCUGUCUCGGGCUCCGGGGCCCAGAUAGUCACCGCCAUCUACCGUCCUCCUUCCCCAAAUGUUACCAUGGCAACAGGGAUGGUCUCCAUGACAGCCGUGCCCUCCAGCGUGGUCUAUUCGGUCUCCAGUGCUUCCCCUCACAUCCUGUCCAAACACACAGCAUCCCCCGGCACUGUCACGCACACACACCAACACUCAGAGAUGCUGAUGCAUUCAGACAGGCAUGCGGAGAGGCAGACCUCCAGCAGCUCAGCGGCCCCCCCCAGUGGCUCAGCUGUGAGACCCUGCAGUCCUCCUCUUCAGAGCCAAACACCGGGCAGUGCACCGGGAACACCCAAACUAAUACAGCUCUCUGUCAGGACCCCUCAGAAGGUGAAGGCGACGGUGGCGAACAUCCCCGUGGGCAGCUACGAGGGAGGGGGCCGGGGGAAGGAGAGAGAGAGGGAGAAAGACAGGGAGAGGGGGAGAGAGAGGGAGAGAGAGAGAGAAGCUGCUGCCGCCUCCAGUCGCUUCUCGUUUGACGCUGAGCUGCCGGGGCAGACGGCGUCUCCAUCGACACAUCCUGCGGAGGAGCCCCCCGCCUCAGAAAGACCCCAGGAGGGGGCUGCAGACCCCCCCGACACACGGCACAGAGAGGGCACAAACAAAGAGGGUGGAUGGAAGGAGUCUCUCCCCUCCUCACCUGCGCCUCCUCCCGCCUCUGACCCCCCUCCGCCCCCCCCACCCACUGAGAAAGACGGUCCUACACCCAAGAAAGUCAAAAUGCGCCCUCCGCCCCUCAAGAAGACCUUUGACGCUGUGGACAAGUCUGGCAGGGUGCUGUCGGAGGUUUACUUCGAGGAGCGCUUUGCGGAGCUGCCAGAGUUUCGUCCUGAGGAGGUGUUACCCUCCCCCACCCUGCAGAGCCUCGCCACCUCGCCCCGCGCCAUCUUGGGCAGCUACCGGCGCAAGAGGAAGAACUCCACAGACCUGGACUCAGCCACUGAUGAGCAAGUCUCUCCGAAGAGAAAGAGCCGGCGGCGCUCGAGCUGCAGCUCCGAGCCCAACACGCCCAAAAGCGCCGCCAAGUGUGAGGGAGACAUCUUCACCUUCGACAGAGCAGCCACAGACGGAGAAGACAUCCUGACAGACAUGGAGUUCGACAAGGUGCCGUACUCGUCCCUGAGGAGAACUCUGGACCAGAGGAGAGCGCUGGUGAUGCAGCUGUUCCAGGAGCAGGGCUUCUUCCCAUCAGCUCAGGCCACCGCAGCCUUCCAGACUCGAUACUCGGACAUUUUCCCCACCAAGGUGUGUCUGCAGCUGAAGAUCCGGGAGGUGCGGCAGAAGAUCAUGCAGACGGCCGCGCCCUCCGACGUCUCCGCGUUAGGGAUCCCCGACUCUCUGUGCUCCAUGCCCGGCCCCUCGGGCUCCCAGGCAGGGGAGGGCUCUCUGCGGGGGGGCGGGGACCUGCAGGACGACGAUAUGGAGGGGGGGGCGGAGGGGAGCCCUGAGGACCCUCGGGAUUCACACGACUUUUCAAGAUGAGGGAUUGCUGACAGAUUAGACCAAUCAGUGACUGUUGACGUCACACAUUUCCACCACCCCCCCCCCCACAUGCUUUUUAUAAUUUUUUAUUCUUUUAAAUCACUCCCUCCUCUGGUCUGAUCAUUAUUCCUUUCUCUGAGAUGUUUGUAUGCAAUGUUUGGCCUUUUGUUUUUGGGUAAUGUGUCUUAUACCAAAAGAGGGAACUGACACACACACACACACACACACACACACACACACGCAUCCUACAAACUCUUAAUUCCCACACUUGACUCGACACUCUGUAUUAACCACCUUUGAGAACGUUGCCAGUGAACGAAGGACCGUUGUGAGACCCUCUUACCCCCGCUCUGAAACGGUUAAAAGUCAGCAGUUUUAAAACACGGACAUUAUGUUUUGAUAUUUGUUUUUAAAAGAGCAGUGAGUAUCUGCUUGAGGAACAACGUGUUUUAGAUGAACUGUUGGCGUGUGUGUUUUGGUUCCUGCUGACAUCAGGGGGCUGGGCCCUCAACAGCCGGAAACUAUUUGAUUGAGAAACAUCACCGCGGACCUGGAGAGAGAUCUCCUUUUUAUUGCAGACCUUCAGGGGAGGUCGAACCGGAGGGAACAGAUCGACUGAAACUCAUGGGCCAUCAUUCCUGCAAUUUCCUGUGUGUCCGAGUCCUCCCUUCUUGCGGCAGCACGUGGCACCGGGCGGAGCAUCCUGUGCCUCUCUGAAGGAAGGAGGUGGGAGUCACACAUCCUGGCUCUGAGUCCUAAAGGUCUGACACGGCCUUAAUCCUCGAUUGCCAAGCAGUUUUAUUCACUUUUUUAAAAUAAUUUGUAUUUAACAUUGUCAUAUUCAGUUUGCUGUUGUACUAUCCCUAUGGUUACUAUUACUCUUUAUAUCAUUGCAGUGACCCGGUCCUUGGUUCUGAUGUUUCCUUUAUAAGAUUUCUUGUAUUUGUUUUUAUAAUUUUGGAGGCAGGUGAGAGAAGCUGCUGCACACUUCCUCCUCCGUAGUCUUCCCUUCGCCGGCCUCUCGCCUCAGCAACCAGUUUCUUUUUUAAACGUGCAUUUCAAAGAGGAAUAACGUUUUUUAAAAUUCUUUCAAACAUAAUAACGGUAUGUUUUAGCCUCUCUAAGUUUGAUCUAUAGCCUCAAGACUUGUACAUCUCCUUCCUCCAGCCCUUUCCUUCCCUCCUUCCUACCUUUGUCACUUUAUUGCUCUCUCCAGACCUUUUUCAGACGUGCGGAGAGGAAACUGGAGGAAGAGAGGGAGGGUGAUGAAUCAAAGCGAGCGGUGGGAUCUACUGGUUGUGUCUUUGUGCAAGACUUGGUGUGUUGUAAAUAAUUACUGUAGAGUCAGUCGACUCGUUAUAUUAUUGAUAAGGGAAAAUCUGUCAUUGACUUUUAAGAAACGCAUUACCCAAGGUAAAACACAUGACAUGGAAAAAAAACAAAUAAUAAAUAUGGCUAUUAAUGUUUUUGUGUUCUACCCGUUGUUUUGCUGUUCCGGUACAGGAGAGGAAUUUAUAUGAAUAAUUUAAGUUUGUAUCUGUAUCUUUCAGUAUGCAAAUAAAAAUAGGUGUUCAAUUAAA